UUUAUCAAGUAAAGUUAACCAAAAUCAUACUCGCAUCGUUUCAGUUUUAGGGCAAAAACACCCGAACUCGCUUUUUAUAUUUUUGCAAGAAAAACUCGCUUCUUUUGACUCAGAAAAAAGAUCUUUCAGUUCGAUCUAUACAUCUCUUAAGGUCAAGUAUUUAUUGCCAAAAGCUCUCUGAUCAUUCUUCGUUGAGACAAGAGACAGCUGCUUUUCAGCAAGGAAUGAUUUGUUGCAUGAUCUUUUGACAUUUAUGCAAUGUCGGGUUUACUUAAUUCUUCGCUAAAUGGUUCAGCUUCAAAUCUUCCAGACAAUACUGGGCGUUCUUUUGCUACAUCUUUCUCUGGACAGUCUGGUGCGGCAUCUCCUGUUUUCCAUCAUUCUGGAACUAUUCAAGGGCUGCAUAAUAUCCAUGGGAGCUUUAAUGUUCCAAACAUGCCAGGUACACUUACAUCAAGAAACACUACACUAAAUAAUGUUCCUUCUGGCGGGAUUCAACAACCUACUGGGAGUCUCUCUAGUGGGCGAUUUGCAUCCAAUAAUAUCCCUGUUCUCUCUCAGUUAUCUCAUGGGAGCUCUCAUGGACAUUCAGGAGUCACAAACAGAGGAGGUAUAAGUGUUGUAGGUAACCCUGGAUUUAGUAGUAAUACAAAUGGAGUUGGUGGUUCUAUUCCUGGGAUUCUUCCUACCUCUGCUGGAAUUGGUAACCGGAAUGCUGUUCCAGGAGUGGGCGUAUCCCAGAUUUUGGGAAAUACAGGUCCUCGGAUAACUAGUUCUAUGGGAAACAUGGUUGGUGGUGGCAACAUAGGAAGGAGCAUAAGCUCAGGUGGAGGAUUAUCUGUUCCUGGUCUUGCAUCUCGACUAAAUCUAACUGCAAAUAGUGGAUCUGGAAGUUUAAGUGUGCCAGGACAAAAUCGAUUAAUGAGUGGUGUCCUUCCACAAGGAUCUCCACAGGUAAUUUCCAUGCUAGGAAGUUCCUAUCCUAGUGGUCGUGGUCCUCUUUCACAAAGUCAUGUCCAAGCAGUGAACAACCUCAGCUCUAUGGGAAUGUUGAAUGAUGUGAACUCCAAUGAUAGUUCCCCUUAUGACAUAAACAAUGAUUUCCCAGUGUUGACUAGUCGUCCUAAUUCUGCUGGAGGACCUCAAGGACAAUUGGGUUCUUUGCGAAAACAAGGUCUUGGAGUCAGCCCUAUUGUUCAACAAAACCAAGAAUUUAGCAUCCAAAAUGAAGAUUUUCCAGCUUUGCCAGGAUUUAAAGGUGGUAAUGCUGAUUACUCGAUGGAUUUACACCAGAAAGAACAACUGCAUGACAACACCAUGUCAAUGAUGCAAUCUCAGCACUUCCCUAUGGGCAGGUCUGCUGGAUUCAACUUGGGGGGUAAUUUUUCAUCAUAUCGUCCACAGCAGCAGCAACAACAUGCGCCUGCUGUCAGUAGUAGUGGUGUCUCUUUCUCACCUGUGAACAAUCAAGAUCUUCUUCAUGGUUCAGACAUUUUUCCAUCUUCACAUUCAACCUAUCACUCACAGACGAAUGGACCUCCUGGGAUUGGAUUGAGACCUCUAAACUCGCCAAAUACAGUUUCGGGUAUUGGAUCAUAUGAUCAGCUCAUCCAGCAAUAUCAACAGCACCAGAACCAGUCCCAGUUUCGGCUACAACAAAUGUCAGCAGUUAAUCAGUCAUUUAGGGAUCAAGGCAUGAAAUCCAUGCAGGCAGCACAAUCUGCUCCUGACCCAUUUGGGUUACUAGGGUUGUUAAGUGUUAUAAGGAUGAGUGACCCUGAUCUGACCUCCCUGGCUCUUGGAAUUGACUUAACUACUCUUGGAUUAAAUUUGAAUUCAACAGAAAACCUUCAUAAGACGUUUGGCUCCCCAUGGUCUGAUGAACCGGCUAAGGGUGAUCCUGAGUUUAAUGUGCCACAAUGCUAUUAUGCUAAACAACCUCCUGCUCUACAUCAAGGCUACUUUUCAAAGUUCACGGUGGAAACAUUAUUUUAUAUUUUUUACAGCAUGCCAAAGGAUGAAGCUCAAUUAUAUGCUGCGAAUGAACUUUAUAACAGAGGCUGGUUUUAUCACAAAGAGCACCGGUUGUGGUUCAUAAGAGUACCCAAUGUGGAGCCACUUGUUAAAACAAAUACAUAUGAGAGAGGAUCUUACCACUGCUUUGAUCCAAACACAUUCGAAAUAAUCAGAAAGGAUAAUUUUGUUCUUCAUUACGAGAUGCUGGAAAAGAGACCGGCUCUACCUCAACAUUAACAUGUUUUUCCAUUACAAUGUAAAGUUUCAGUUAUGUACUCAAUUCAUUAGAACGUAAUCAGUUUGCAGCAUUAAUGUUACUUGAAUUUUAUAUUUUUGGCAA